AUGACUGACGGCCGGACGAGACGAGACGAGACUUCUGCCAGACUGCCCCAUCGACUAGAUAGACUUCGCUGCGUGCAGCCGGCUGGGGUGGCAACUAGCGCGGCAUCUGCUGAGAUGAACUCAAUGCCCGCCCACCACACCACCUCCGACAGAAGACAGACGCCAGACACCACACAGCACGCUGCGUGCUGCACCGCUCCGCACCGCCUGCUCCUCCCCAGCAGGCAGGAUGCCGCCACGCCCAGGGACCACGGCAGCGUCAGUGUGCAGCAGCAGGAUUGUGUGGGCGGCGGCGCAGGAGGCAGCAUCGCAGGCAUGUAUGUCAAUGUGCGGUGUCCUGUAGCCGUGGUCGCAGACGGCGUGACCGUGACAGCUCUCCCCGGGGUAUCAUACAGGACAGACAGAGCGCGCAUGCUGGACGUCCGCAUCGACAGGCCUGCUGCUGCACGAGAUGCUGCUGCUGCCCGCACCGGUUUUGGGAGCAACCACGGCGCUGGUCCAGGUCAAGCCGACAUCAGCGCCCAUCCGAUGCAGCCGGCGCCGGGGGCUCGCUGCCACCAACACCGCUGCAGCGAGUCUCAUCAGCGAGUCUCGAAGAACCAACACCUCCUGCUGCGCCUGUCGCUCGUGUCGUUGGCUGCCGCUGCUGCUCCUGCAAGCGAGCCUGUUCCUGAGGGAUCCCUUAGCUCGCAGGUGGCUGCUGGCAGGGUGGCAGGUUAUGAUGCGCCCUCUUCUGACGACUUCAUUCUCGCGCCCGCCCACGGCACUUCUUGCACCAUCCACUGCACUCUGCCGUUUUCGAUGCGACGUGCGCGACCGUUGCGGUGCCAGUCUCCCGAGACAUGCCCUUUGCGGCGCACGGCUAGCAGGUCCAUCACCUCUCCGCCCCCAUGUAGAUUGUGUCAUGUCUGUGUUGAGCGUUGUGAUGAAGUGCAGGGCGGUCUGGAAGUGAAGGGCCACAUCCCACAUCCCGCGACCGCACCUCAUCAGACAUCAUCUUCACAUCACCACUACUACUUUGCUUGUUGCUGCAGGUUCCGUCGCACCACGGCAUGCGCAUCGGCUCGUGGGAAACUCGCUGGCCACGGCAAUGGCCGCCUCGGACCUUGUUGGUUCGAGAUUUGGCAUCAACGUGCUAUGACUUGCACCGUUCCUGUUCCGCCGCAGCCAUGCGCAGAUCUCGAUGUUGACAUCCCCGUCUACUUGGCCGCCAUCUGGCGAAGGAGAGAUUACUCUUGCUCCUGGCUGGCUGGCUGGGGCCAUCUAUCUGGCGGUGGGCAUUCGGGACAACUCGCGCAUGGAAUCAAGGAUGCUUACCCUGGCCCUGCGACGACGCCGUCUAGGGGCAGCAGUCCCGAGUUAAUGGAUCGUCGCGAUGUGGGCGCAAACUUGUGGAACGCGUUCUGGUGGCGCCGCCGUCGUGUCUCGCUCCCGUGA